AUGACGGAGAUGAUGGACAUGUCCAGUGACCUGGUGGGCUCGGGCAUCCCCUUCCUGGACUACCGGCGCUAUGCAGAGCGGAUCUUCUUCCCGGGCCACCGCGAGUCACCCCUGCGGAGGGAUCUGGACGUGCAGGAGUGUCGACGGGCCACGGUGGAGCAGGGCCUGGUGCAGCUCUCUAACUUGCUCAACAGCAAACUGUUCCUUACCAAGGUAGGGGGACAGUGAUGAUGAUUGGUGAAAGAACUGGAUUGAUUCUUACCAUGUUAUUGGACUCUUGAAGGUUUGUUUUAGACAAGUGGUUUUGAAGGAAAGCAAGCAAUGUGAGACUGCAAUGACUGCAAUGAAGAAUAUUUGUAGCCGACCUCACCUGGCAAUACUAAAACCAGGGUUCGAACCAUAGAAACAGAAUCCAUAGAAAAGGCCUCCCAAUUCAAGUCAAUGGUGGCAUAAUGGGUGGACUGGUGUACCCAUAGGAGCAAAGCAGGAAGUAAAAGCAGGAAAUGUUCCCAUCAAUCUGUGCUGUGAUUUGUUGAGUCAACUCAACUGACAUUACAAAAAAUACAUUGCAUUGCAUGAGCCAUAUCAGUUAAUAUUAUAUUGUACCAUGGCAAUCCAGUGUCAGAUCUCAUCAUAAUACCAGUCAGCCAUCGCAGAUGUACCCAUGAGUUUACCAGUCAAAUUGCCAGGGUCAAAGGUCCCAAGGCCUUUCUAUGGAGUCUAUUUCUAUGGUUUUGAGCUGUGUAGUGGUAGCCUAUAACAGAGGUAUAGUUUUAUAACAAGGGGGAUUCCUAAAUACGUUUUUUUGUUUGUUACUGAAAUUACAGAGGAGAACCAUCCUCUUCUUCACUACACCAGCCUCCCCUGGGGUAGAAAUAUCAUGGGAGAGAUAUUUAGCCGCUACCUUUUUAUUUUUUCUCACUGUCGUUCCUCUCCCUCCUCUUUCUCCUCCGUACCAGUUCAUCCAUACUCUGGAGAGCCAGCGGACGUUCUCGCCAAGGGACCGGGCCUACGUGGCCUCUCUCCUGACGGUGGCACUGCAUGGUAAACUGGAGUACUUCACCGACAUCCUCAAGACCCUGCUCAACGACCUGGUGGAGCAGUACGUGGUCAAGAACCCCAAACUCAUGCUCCGGAGGUAAGAUAGGAAGGGAUGGAGAGGGUGUGUGUGGGGGUGUGCAGGUCAGGGUGUGUGUGUGGGAGAGAGAAUACGUGUAACUGAUUUUUUACUUUGCAGAACGGAGACAGUGGUGGAGAAGCUGCUGACCAACUGGAUGUCCAUCUGCCUCUAUGCUUUCCUCAGGGUGAGUCGGUCCACAGGAAUUACUUCUACACAGAGGAGGAAAUGAUUAGUCUGGCAAACGCCAAACUCAGUCUUCCUGACUUCAGAGUCUGGAAAGGUUCCUUGAUGUUGAAGGCACGAAGCGUCAAUUAAUGAAUGGGGCUGUUCUUGUUUACUGAUUUGGUUCUCCUCUGUGUAUUUCUCACUCAAACACCCACAUGUACAACCAAAAACAGCCCCUGAGAACCGCCCCUUCCAAUACAACUGUUGGAUUUUCACAUCCAAACAAAGUGAGCUCUAAAGGAAAUAAAAAAACGUUUGCGAGAACCAAUCAAAGCUCAACCCAUUUCUGCGCGAAUAUUGCAUUUACAAUAGAGUAUUUUCCUGACCAGUGUGUCACCGCUCUCCCUCUCUGUGUUCUACAUGAGUCGUGUCAGUAAUGAGUACUUCCUUGAAUUAAUCACUGUUUAGACAGAAAUGAAAGGACUCCACCACAUGGCUUUCACCUGUCCAGUCAUUUCUAAUCAGUAAUGACGUCAAAGAAGGAAGGAUGCACUUUCAAAGAAUUCCAACUGGGCCAAGGCUUUAUUCCAUGCUUGUGAAUCUUGGCUACAUUAUCCAUGCCAGUUUUAAGCAGACUUGGCUAAAUAUAUCUUACCUGGGUCAAAAUGCCUACUAGCAUUAACAUUCAUUAGCGGUGGAAAUGGAGGAAUUCAUUUUUAGCAUGUUGGUAAAUGUCGUGUAACCUCGUCUUUCCCAGGACAAUGAUUGUUAGCAUGAUGCUAAUUGUUUACCGGAUUGGUUAUCAUGAUGCUAACUGUUUACCUACAUUUGUUAGCAUGAUGCUAAUUGUGUACCUGUUUUGCUAGCAUGAUGCUAACUGUUGUUGUCUCCCCCUCUCUCCAGGACUCUGCAGGCGAGUCUCUCUACAUGUUGUUCAGGGCUAUCAAGCAUCAGGUGGACAAGGGGCCGGUGGACGCGGUGACGGGCAAGGCCAAAUACACGCUCAACGACAACCGUCUGCUCCGAGAGGACGUUGAGUACAAGACCCUGGUGAGGAUACACACACUCAGGCAUUCAGACACACACUCAUACGGACACACAAAAACACACACACAUUCAGACCGACAGUUAGUGCACUCACCUUAAGAUAGCUAGGUGGGACAACCGCAUAUCUCAGUCACAGUAAGUACAUUUUUCCUCAAUAAAGUAGCUAUCAGCAAAGUCAGUGCUAGUAAAGGGGAAAAGUGGCAGUGUUGUUUCACGAAAGGCACACAUGUGCACUCAGUCUAACCACACACACAAACACACUCUUUUCUUUCUUCAGUGAAAAACCUGAGAUAAGAUAAAUAGAUCUAAAGACGAAUAUAAACAUUGGAAAAAUAAAAUACAUCCAAGAAAGUGUGUUUUGUGAGUGAUUGAAAGCUCAUUCUCUCGUACCCCCCCCAGACCCUGAACGUGUUGAUGCAGGGCGGGGGGGUGAAUGAGACGCAGCUGCUUCCCUCCAAGGUGCUGGAUAUAGACACCAUCACCCAGGUGAAGGAGAAACUCCUGGACCAGGUCUACAAGGGCACCUCCUUCUCCCACCGGCCACACACAGACUCUCUGGACCUGGGUGAGGAACACACACACACACACACACACACACACACAGGAAGAUGCAGAGUUGUGGACUCGAGUCACAAAUUUGAUGACUUGAGACUCGACUUGAUAUAAAAUAACUUGAGACUUGACUUGGACUUGGAGCCUCAAGACUCGGCUUUGACUUGAGACUGAUGACUUGAAAUGAUCUGGCCAGGUUUUGUAAUAUUUUGUCACUCAUUUUGUGGCACAGAGUCUACGUGGAUUACUCUACAUGCAGCCAGAUACAGGAGCCACAGCAUCGCCCUUGUUAAAAAAACAAACAUGCAAGUUGCAGCAGAUUGGUUAGUGAAGCGCACACUCGGCACUCUGAAUGGACCAGCAAACUGUCAAUCAACACAGGUCGGGUGAGCUAGCGAACACAUUUCUGAUUUGCCGUACAGCUAUAGGAUCGGGUAAAGCUCAAACUUCAAAUUGUAGGGGGAAAGGAUUGCCAUAAUAAAUAAAUAUGCAGCUCCAACAAUGAUUUGGUGAUCAAUAAUAUUAACUGUUUACUUUGUAAGCUCACCAGCAAUGGGGCAUCAAUUACUCGCAUAGGCCUUAAAGGUCUUUAGGUAUGUAAUAAUUACUAGAAAUUUAUAAUUUAUUUAUGAAGCUUGCAUUUGGAAUGUGUUAAAAUGAAUCAUUAGCCUACUGUGUGAAGACGCUCUCCAAACUCCCACCAGUGGAGAGCGCCUUUUUUCUCUUGUUGAAAUGUUUUCUUUUGCUAAAUGCUAUGUUGUAAAUCUAUAUUCCAUUUCAUACUAAAAUAAUUGCUAGCGUUUCAUCAUUCCAUCUCCGUACCUAUUGCAACAGGUAGACAUUUCUGUUUCAUGUUUGAUAGGCCUACGAUACAUUUUAAUUUAGCCAACCGUUUCUUACCCUGCUCUGAGUGGGCGCGAUGUUUAUAGUGCACAUGAACGUUCGCAAGACUCAUGAGGUAGAAGUUCUGUUUAUUUAAUUAAAUGUAUGGUUUCCUUUGUUCCCAGGUUAUGUCGGAGUUCCGUGUGUUUGUGUCCUAUGUCUCUGUCAUUGCGUAAUAGGAGCCUGCGUGCCUCAGCUUUGGAGUGAGAACGUUCAAUAAGAGAAAAUUAUUGUUCCAUGUAUGCAUGGUGUUGAAAUAUCAUUAACAAUAAUUAAGUCUGAUUAAGCCAAAUGUACCAAUGUAAAAAUUGAUGUGGAAAUUGCCUUUUGCAUUGCAGAACCAGUUUAUUGGUUGCAUUUGCCAAUUGCGUAAUUGUCUGGUCCUGGGGGCCAAGUGGUUAUAUUAUGCAGGUCUACCUGUUUGAGCUCCUGUUAGACAGAGUCCAUUUGGUUUCUCAAGGGGAGGCUGUACAGUCUUGCCCUCUACCUGUGUCCGUUGAAAUAGGACAGGUUAAGCCUGAUACAGAGGAUAUUUCUUUUGGGCUAUUGCCCGUGUAUAUUUGGUAAAUCUACUUGUAUAUUUUGUAUGAUAUGGCGCUUUCACCAUUGGAUCACCAAGACCUGUAAAUAAAUCUACACUGUGAGCACAUCAACCUGCCUUGCCUUCUGCUGUUUUAAUGCCCUUAAGACUGCUACAAGGUCCCUAUUUUAUAAUUAGAUUAGACAAAAUAAUGAAAAGGCUGUCUGGUAGCCUCAAUAAAUAGAAACAGAUUUGUAGUUGAACAAGUCAUUGCAUGUAUAGAUUUUGUUUUUUACUUGACUUGUGACUUGACUUGACUUGUUCUUAGAAUGCACGACUUGGACUUGACUCGAGUCUUGACCCGUUCUACUUGGGACUCAACUUGAGACUCUGACCUUGUGACUUGAGACUCUGACCUUGUGACUUGAGACUCUGACCUUGUGACUUGAGACUCUGACCUUGUGACUUGAGACUCUGACCUUGUGACUUGAGACUCGAAUAAUAGUAACCUGGUUGCACCUCUGGGAAGAUGGGCCCUCCCCCUCCCCCUCCCCCUCCCUCACUUGCUCUCUCUCUCACACACACUGGAUCUGAUGAAUAAUGUUACUUGCUAGUGACUGAGCCUAUAGUGUAUUAUAAUGGUGUUCUAUUUCAUUCUGUCUAUAGGCCUGUCUAACAUACUGCGUUUGUGUUUCAGAGUGGAGGUCCGGUGUAGCAGGUCAUCUGAUCCUGUCUGAUGAAGACCUGACGUCUAUUGUCCAGGGCAACUGGAAACGCCUCAACACACUCCAACAUUACAAGGUCUGCACCCACAUCGAGCCGUCAUAAAGCUUUAUAAAGAGUUUAUAACACUCUGUAAAGCAUUCAUAAAGCCUUCAUAAAGCAUUCAUAAUGGUCUUACGAUUUUGAUCAAAUUCAUGUUUCUAAGCCUUUAUUAAUGGUAUAUUACACUUCAUUAACCCUUCAUAAGCAUUCACAAAGCAUUCAUAAGACUUCAUGGUGCAAUCAUAAAGCAUUCAUAAACCUUCAUAGGGCAUUCAUAAGCCUUCAUAGUGCAUCUAUAUCGUAUUCAUGAGAGAUUUAUAACACUGUUGUUGUUGUGUUUCAGGUUCCAGAUGGAGCGACAGUGGCUUUGGUCCCGCGCCACAGCAAACACAUUCACCACGACAACCACGACUACGUGGCAGGGGAAAGUGAGUUCCACUUGCAUUUUAGUUCCACACUCUCUGGGAAAUGUCUUGUUGUUCCACUACAGUGACCACUUCCACUAAGUUUUUGUAGAAUAAGUAUGGAUGCAUCUCAUCUUGAGAAAGUCCACUAGGCUGAAACGUUGACUCAAAUGUUAACUUUUGUGAAAUAUGUACAAAUAACUAUAUAACAUUUGAAAUUGCCCUUUUUUUUGCUAACUCUCUUUCUUUCUCAACCUUUUUCCUUUCUUCUGUCGUCCUCCCCCUGUUCAGAGACGCCCAUGCUGGAGGAUGCAGACGAGGGCGGGGUGAGGCUGUGGCACCUGGUCAAGGCCGGCGAGGAGCCUGAGCUACCCAAGCACCGCCGGGGCAGUGUGCGGGAGAGGGAGAGGGCCAAGGCUAUACCAGAGAUCUACCUCACACGACUGCUCUCUAUGAAGGUAGAUACUGGAUGCACACAUGACACACACACACGCCCGGCAGAUACUGUAGACGUACACACACACACACACACACAUACAUACACACACACACACGGCAGAUACUGUAGACGUACACACACACACGGCAGAUAGCCUGGAGGUUAGACCUGUGGGCCAGUAACUGAUAGGUCACUGGUUCAAAUCCCAGAGCCGACAAGGUGAAACAUCUGUAGCUGUGCCCUGAGCAAGGCACUUAACCCCAGUUUCUCCAGGGGCGCUGGACAAUGGUGACCGUGGCCGUGACCCCACUCCCAGCGGGUGUCUCAGGGGGAGUUGGGAUAUGCAAGAAACACAUUUCCAUUACAUUUCCACAAGUGUGUAACAGGACAAACAUAAUCACCCCCCAAAUUAUAAUGAAUUAUUAUUACACACAGACACUCCCACAUUCACUUUCAAAAUUGCGCAAAAACCCUAACCUUUCCCAAUCUCCCUCCCUCCCUCCCUCCACAGGGCACUCUGCAGAAGUUUGUGGAUGACCUGUUCACGGUGAUCCUGUCCACCAGUCGUCCCGUUCCACUGGCUGUCAAGUACUUCUUUGACCUGCUGGAUGACCAGGCGCAGCACCACGCCAUCACCGACCCCGAGACCAUCCAUAUCUGGAAGACCAACAGGUACAUACAUACACACCGAUGCAGAAGCACACACACACACACACGCACGCGCAUGUACGUGGAUAGACGGCCGCGCGCGCACACACAUCCUGAUUCCAUCCACAUCUGGAAGACCAACAGGUACACACUCACACACACAGACUCUUGAGACCAUCCACGUGUGUGUCCUUGCAUACGUGUGUGUGUUUACAUUAUUAUGUGGUUGGGUGAUAUGAUAUGUAACAUGUGAACAUAACAAUAACAGUUCUUAUCCAUACAUGUAACGCUGUUUUCCUCCCUCGUUCCCUCUCUCGUUCCCUCUUUCCCUCUCUCGUUCCCUCCCUCCCUCGUUCCCUCCCUCCCUCCCUCCCUCGUUCCCUCCGUCCAGUUUGCCCCUGAGGUUCUGGAUCAACAUUGUAAAGAACCCCCAGUUUAUCUUUGACGUCCAGCCCUCGGACCACGUGGACGCCGUGUUGACGGUCAUCUCCCAGACCUUCAUGGACUCCUGCACCACCUCAGAGCAUAAACUGGGCAGAGUGAGUGAGAGGAGGGAAAGGAAUGGGGAUACCUAGUCAGUUGCACAACUGAAGGCAUUCAACUGAAAUGUGUCUUCUGCAUUUAACCCAUCCCCUCUGGGGUUGUGCAUGCGCGUAGGGGAGAUGUUGACUGGGCCAUGGGAGACGGUGGAAGGUGGAGGUGAUUCUUUAUAACUGGUAAUCUCUCUCUCUCUCUCCCUCCCUUUCUCUGUCUCUCUAGGAUUCACCAAUAAACAAACUGCUGUAUGCCCGAGACAUCCCCCGUUACAAGCAGAUGGUGGUACGGUACUACGCUGACAUCAGACAGACCAUCUCUGCCAGUGAUCAGGAGAUGAACUCCGCUCUAGCAGAACUAUCCAGGGUUGGUCUUUUACUUCAGUUUAUUCAUUCAGUAAACACUGUUCACUCAAGCUAUUUUUGCCAAACGCAUCAUCGUCACAGUUUUUGCACUGUUCUAAAAGUGCUCUACCUUAAACUUGACAUUUUCUGCACCAUUUUUUGAUGAAUACAUUAUACAGGUCCAGCUCAAUAAAUUAGAAUAUUGUGGAAAAGUUAAUUAAUUUCAAUAAUUCAAUUGACAAAGUCAUAUCGUGGAUUAAUUACACAAAAAGCGAAAUAGUUCAAGCCUGUAUUUGUUUUAUCUUGAUGAUUACGGCUUACAGCUCAUGAAAACCCCACAUUCAGUAUCUCAGAAAAUUUGAAUAUUGUGUAAAAGUUUAAUAUUGUAGACUCAAGGUGUCACACUCUAAUCAGCUAACUAACUCAAAACACCUGCAAAGGUUUCCUGAGCCUUUAAAUGGUCUCUCAGUCCAGUUCAGUAGGCUUCACAAUCAUGGGAAGACUGCUGACUUGACAGUUGUGCAGAAGACAAGAACAUACUUUUCAGAAGGCCGACAUGUCUGUAUUACAUUUCUUUUUUUCACUGGUCUUAUGUCAUAUUCUAAUUUUCUGAGAUACUGAUUUUGGGGUUUUCAUGAGCUGUAAGCCGUAAUCAUCAAGAUUAAAACAAAUACAGGCUUGAACUAUUUCACUUUUUGUGUAAUUAAUCACUUUGUCAAUUGAAUUAUUGAAAUUACUUAACUUUUCCACAAUAUUCUAAUUUAUUGAGCUGCACCUGUAUAUACAGUGGGGAGAACAAGUAUUUGAUACACUGCCGAUUUUGCAGGUUUUCCUACUUACAAAGCAUGUAGAGGUCUGUAAUUUUUUAUCAUAGGUACACUUCAACUGUGAGAGACGGAAUCUAAAACAAAAAUCCAGAAAAUCACAUUGUAUGAUUUUUAAGUAAUUCAUUUGCAUUUUAUUGCAUGACAUAAGUAUUUGAUACAUCAGAAAAGCAGAAAUUAAUAUUUGGUACAGAAACCUUUGUUUGCAAUUACAGAGAUCAUACGUUUCCUGUAGGACCUGACCAGGUUUGCACACACUGCAGCAGGGAUUUUGGCCCACUCCUCCAUACAGACCUUCUCCAGAUCCUUCAGGUUUCGGGGCUGUCGCUGGGCAAUACGGACUUUCAGCUCCCUCCAAAGAUUUUCUAUUGGGUUCAGGUCUGGAGACUGGCUAGGCCACUCCAGGACCUUGAGAUGCUUCUUACGGAGACACUCCUUAGUUGCUCUGACUGUGUUCUUGGGGUUAUACUCCUCCUUCUUCUUCCUCCAAACAUGGCGAGUGCUCUAUUUUUGUCUCAUCAGACCACAUUACCUUCUCCCAUUCCUCCUCUGGAUCAUCCAGAUGGUCAUUGGCAAACUUCAGACGGGCCUGGACAUGCGCUGGCUUGAGCAGGGGGACGUUGCGUGCGCUUCAGGAUUUUAAUCCAUGAUGGGUUAGUGUGUUACUAAUGGUUUUCUUUGAGACUGUGGUCCCAGCUCUCUUCAGGUCAUUGACCAGGUCCUGCCGUGUAGUUCUGGGCUGAUCCCUCACCUUCCUCAUGAUCAUUGAUACCACACGAGGUGAGAUCUUGCAUGGAGCCCCAGACCGAGGGUGAUUGACCGUCAUCUUGAACUUCUUCCAUUUUCUAAUAAUUGCGCCAACAGUUGUUGCCUUCUCACCAAGCUGCUUGCCUAUUGUCCUGUAGCCUAUCCCAGCCUUGUGCAGGACUACAAUUUUAUCUGUGAUGUCUUUACACAGCUCUCUGGUCUUGGCCAUUGUGGAGAGGUUGGAGUCUGUUUGAUUGAGUGUGUGGACAGGUGUCUUUUAUACAGGUAACAAGUUCAAACAGGUGCAGUUAAUACAGGUAAUGAGUGGAGAACAGGAGGGCUUCUUGAAGAAAAACUAACAGGUCUGUGAGAGCCAGAAUUAUUACUGGUUGGUAGGUGAUCAAAUACUUAUGUAAUGCAAUAAAAUGCAAAUUAAUUACUUAAAAAUCAUACAAUGUGAUUUUCUGGAUUUUUGUUUUAAAUUCCGUCUCUCACAGUUGAAGUGUACCUAUGAUAAAAAUUACAGACCUCUACAUGCUUUGUAAGUAGGAAAACCUGCAAAAUCGGCAGUGUAUCAAAUACUUGUUCUCCCCACUGUAUAUAUAUUUUUUUAUGGGAGUUUACUAUUCCUUGAUUCGGUUCUUUGAAGGGGUUGGAUCCAGUACAGGGAACAGAACCGGGAAUGAAAGUGAUCUGUACUGUUCCGGAACAGAACCGUUAUUUUAAAAGCAUUGGAACCGGUUAAUAACGUUGUUUUACGUUCCGGGCCAUUUUUUUCUGUCCCACAAAAAACGCAACAAAGCGCCUAUGCAAAGUCCUCACUAUGUCACACAGAAACGUAUUCCAGUGUCUGCCGGCCAGCUGGAAGUCUUUGCCAGUGUGUGUGAGUGUGUAGGCGGGCCUGGACAUGCGCUGGCUUGAGCAGGGGGACGUUGCGUGCGCUUCAGGAUUUUAAUCCAUGAUGGGUUAGUGUGUUACUAAUGGUUUUCUUUGAGACUGUGGUCCCAGCUCUCUUCAGGUCAUUGACCAGGUCCUGCCGUGUAGUUCUGGGCUGAUCCCUCACCUUCCUCAUGAUCAUUAGCAUCAAAUAGCCCCCGCGAUAUGCAACUUUUCAGGGAAGUUAGGAACCAAUAUACACAAGCAGUCAGGAAAGCAAAGGCUAACUUUUUCAAACAGAAAUUUGCAUCCUGUAGCACUAACUCCAAAAAGUUUUGGGACACUGUAAAGUCCAUGGAGAAUAAGAGCACUUCCUCCCAGCUGCCCACUGCACUGAGGCUAGGAAACACUAUCACCACCGAUAAAUCUACAAUAAUCGAGAAUUUCAACAAGCAUUUUGCUACGGCUGGCCAUGCUUUCCACCUGGCUACCACUACCCCGGCCACCAACUCUGCACCCUCCGCUGCAACUUGCCCAUGCCCCCCCCCCUGCUUCUCCUUCACACAAAUUCAGACAGCUGAUGUUCUGAAAGAGCUGCAAAAUCUGGACCCCUACAAAUCAGCUGGGCUAGACAAUCUGGACCCUUUCUUUCUAAAACUAGCUGCCGAAAUUGUCGCAACCCCUAUUACUAGUCUGUUCAACCUCUCUUUCGUAACGUCUGAGAUCCCCAGAGAUUGGAAAGCUGCCGCGGUCAUCCCCCUCUUCAAAGGGGGUGACACUCUAGAUCCAAACUGUUACAGACCAAUAUCCAUCCUGCCCUGCCUUUCGAAAGUAUUUGAAAGCCAAGUUAACAAACAGAUCACCGACCAUUUCGAAUCCCACCGUACCUUCUCCGCUAUGCAAUCCGGUUUCCGAGCUGGUCAUGGGUGCACUUCAGCCACGCUCAAGGUCCUAAACGAUAUUAUAACCGCGAUCGAUAAUAGACAGUACUGUGCAGCCGUCUUCAUCGACCUGGCCAAGGCUUUCGACUCUGUCAACCACCGCAUUCUUAUUGGCAGACUAAAUAGCCUUGGUUUCUCAAAUGACUGCCUCGCAUGGUUCACCAACUACUUCUCAGAUAGAGUUCAGUGUGUCAAAUCGGAGGGCCUGUUGUCUGGACCUAUGGCAGUCUCUAUGGGGGUGCCACAGGGUUCAAUUCUUGGGCCGACUCUUUUCUCCGUGUAUAUCAAUGAUGUCGCUCUUGCUGCUGGUGACUCUCAGAUCCACCUCUACGCAGACGACACCAUUUUGUAUACAUCUGGCCCUUCAUUGGACACUGUGUUAACAAACCUCCAAACGAGCUUCAAUGCCAUACAACACUCCUUCAAUAGCCUCCAACUGCUCUUAAACACUAGUAAAACUAAAUGCAUGCUCUUUAAUCGAACGCUGCUGGCACCCGCCCACCCGACUAGAAUCACCACUCUCGACGGGUCUGACCUAGAGUAUGUGGACAACUACAAAUACCUAGGUGUCUGGUUAGACUGUAAACUCUCCUUCCAGACUCACAUUAAGAAUCUCCAAUCCAAAGUUAAAUCUAGAAUCGGCUUCCUAUUUCGCAACAAAGCCUCCUUCACUCAUGCUGCCAAACAUGCCCUCGUAAAACUGGACUAUCCUACCGAUCCUUGACUUCGGCGAUGUCAUUUACAAAAUAGCCUCCAACACUCUACUCAGCAAAUUGGAUGUAGUCUAUCACAGUGCCAUCCGUUUUGUCUCCAAAGCCCCAUACACUACCCACCACUGUGACCUGUACGCUCUUGUUGGCUGGUCCUCACUACAUGUUUGUCGUCAAACCCACUGGCUCCAGGCCAUCUAUAAAUUACUGCUAGGCAAAUCCCCGCCUUAUCUUAGCUCAUUGGUCACCAUAGCAGCACCCACCCGUAGUCUGCGCUCCAGCAGGUAUAUCUCACUGGUCAUUCCCAAAGCCAACACCUCCUUUGGCCGCCAUUCCUUCCAGUUCUCUGCUGCCAAUGACUGGAACGAAUUGCAAAAAUCUCUGAAGCUGGAGACUCUUAUCUCCCUCACUAACUUUAAGCAUCAGUUGUCAGAGCACCUUACCGAUCACUGCACCUGUACACAGCCCAUCUGAAAUUAGCCCACCCAACUACCUCAUCCCUAUAUUGUUAUUUAUUUUGCUCUUUUGCACCCCAGUAUCUCUAUUUGCACAUAAUCUCUUGCACAUCUAGCAUUCCAGUGUUAAUACUAAUUGUAAUUAUUUUGCACUAUGGCCUAUUUAUUGCCUUACCUCCAUAACUUGCUACAUUUGCACACACUGUAUAUAUAUUUUCUGUUGUAUUUUUUGACUUUAUGUUUUUUACCCCAUAUGUAACUCUGUGUUGUUGUUUUUAUCGCACUACUAUGCUUUAUCUUGGCCAUGUCGCAGUUGUAAAUGAGAACUUGUUCUCAACUGGCUUACCUGGUUAAAUAAAGGUGAAAUAAAAUAAAAUAAAGUAGGCAACCUGCCCCUCCCCCUCUGAAGCGUAGUCUACUGUAGCCUACUGACGUUACAACUGUGAUUCAGAAAUUAGGGAUUGAUUUUUAAAUGGAUUAACUUCUUCAAUGAUAGUUAAGGAUACUAUAGUUAUCACAUUUCACAUUGGGUUAAUUAACUACAAAAAGGUAAGACAUGUUUUUAAUUCUUGUUAGCUAGCUCUGGUCCAACGUUAAGCCAACUCUCAGAAGUUCAAAGACAUUCAAUAUACAGUGAGGGAAAAAAGUAUUUGAUCCCCUGCUGAUUUUGUACGUUUGCCCACUGACAAAGAAAUGAUCAGUCUAUAAUUUUAAUGAUAGGUUUAUUUGAACAGUGAGAGACAGAAUAACAACAACAAAAUCCAGAAAAACACAUGUCAAAAAUGUUAUAAAUUGAUUUGCAUUUUAAUGAGGGAAAUAAGUAUUUGACCCCCUCUCAAUCAGAAAGAUUUCUGGCUCCCAGGUGUCUUUUAUACAGGUAACGAGCUGAGAUUAGGAGCACACUCUUAAAGGGAGUGCUCCUAAUCUCAGUUUGUUACCUGUAUAAAAGACACCUGUCCACAGAAGCAAUCAAUCAAUCAAUCAGAUUCCAAACUCUCCACCAUGGCCAAGACCAAAGAGCUCUCCAAGGAUGUCAGGGACAAGAUUGUAGACCUACACAAGGCUAGAAUGGGCUACAAGACCAUCACCAAGCAGCUUGGUGUGAAGGUGACAACAGUUGGUGCGAUUAUUCGCAAAUGGAAGAAACACAAAAUAACUGUCAAUCUCCCUCGGCCUGGGGCUCCAUGUAAGAUCUCACCUCGUGGAGUUGCAAUGAUCAUGAGAACGGUGAGGAAUCAGCCCAGAACUACACGGGAGGAUCUUGUCAAUGAUCUCAAGGCAGCUGGGACCAUAGUCACCAAGAAAACAAUUGGUAACACACUACGCCGUGAAGGAUUGAAAUCCUGCAGUGCCCGCAAGGUCCCCCUGCUCAAGAAAGCACAUAUACAUGCCUGUCUGAAUUUUGCCAUUUGAACAUCUGAAUGAUUCAGAGGAGAACUGGGUGAAAGUGAUGUGGUCAGGUGAGACCAAAAUCGAGCUCUUUGGCAUCAACUCAACUCGCCGUGUUUGCAGGAGGAGGAAUGCUGCCUAUGACCCCAAGAACACCAUUCCCACUGUCAAACAUGGAGGUGGAAACAUAAUGCUUUGGGGGUGUUUUUCUGCUAAGGGGACAGGACAACUUUACUGCAUCAAAGGGACGAUGGACGGGGCCAUGUACCGUCAAAUCUUGGCAGGAAAAUGGGUCGUGGAUGGGUAUUCCAGCAUGACAAUGACCCAAAACACACGGCCAAGGCAACAAAGGAGUGGCUCAAGAAGAAGCACCCAGACCUUAAUCUCCAGACCUUAAUCCCAAAGAAAAUCUGUGGAGGGAGCUGAAGGUUUGAGUUGCCAAACGUCAGCCUCGAAACCUUAAAGACUUGGAGAAGAUCUGCAAAGAGGAGUGGGACAAAAUCCCUCAUGAGAUGUGUGCAAACCUGGUGGCCAACUACAAGAAACGUCUGAACUCUGUGAUUAACAACAAGGGUUUUGCCACCAAGUACUAAGUCAUGUUUUGCAGAGGGGUCAAAUACUUAUUUCCCUCAUUAAAAUGCAAAUCAAUUUAUAACAUUUUUGACAUGCGUUUUUCUGGAUUUUUUUGUUGUUAUUCUGUCUCUCACUGUUCAAAUAAACCUACCAUUAAAAUUAUAGAUUGAUCAUGUCUUUGUCAGUGGGCAAACGUACAAAGUCAGCAGGGGAUCAAAUACUUUUUUCCCUCACUGUACACUACCAGUCAAAAGUUUGGACAUUCAAGGGUUUUUCUUUAUUUGUACUAUUUUUUACAUUGUAGAAUAGUGAAGACAUCAAAACUAUGAAAUAACACAUAUGGAAUCAUGUAGUAACCAAAAAAGUGUUCAACAAAUCAAAAUAUAUUUUAUAUUUGAGAUUCUUCAAAUAGCCACCCUUUGCCUUGAUGACAGCUUUGCACACUCUUGGCAUUCUCUCAACCAGCUUCAUGAGGUAGUCACCUGGAAUGCAUUUCAAUUAACAGGUGUGCCUUCUUAAAAGUGAAUUUGUGGAAUUUCUUUCUUCUUAAUGCGUUUGAGCCAAUCAGUUGUGGUGUGACAAGGGAGGGGGGUAUACAGAAGAUAGCCCUAUUUGGAAAAAGACCAAGUCCAUAUUAUGGCAAGAACAGCUCAAAUAAGCAAAGAGAAACAACAGUCCAUCAUUACUUUAAGACAUGAAGGUCAGUCAAUACGGAACAUUUCAAGAACUUUUUGAAAGUUUCUUCAAGUGCAGUCACAAAAAUCAUCAAGUGCAAUGAUGAAACUGGCUCUCAUGAGGACCACCACAGGAAUGGAAGACCCAGAGUUACCUCUGCUGCAGAGGAUAAGUUCAUUAGAGUUAUCAGCCUCAGAAAUUGCAGCCCAAAUAAAUGCUUCACAGAGUUCAAGUCACAGACACAUCUCAACAUCAACUGGUCAGAGGGGACUGUGUGAAUCAGACCUUUAUGGUCGUAUUGCUGCAAAUAAACCACUACUAAAGGGCACCAAUAAUAAUAAGAGACCUGCUUCGGCCAAGAAACACGAGCAAUGGACAUUAGACCGGUGGAAAUCUGUCCUUUGGUCUGGAGUCCAAAUUUGAAAUUUUUGGUUCCAACCCGCUGUGUCUUUGUGAGACGCAUUGUGGGUGAACAGAUGAUCUCCGCAUGUGUAGUUCCCACCGUAAAGCAUGGAGGAGGAGGUGUUAUGGUGUGGGGGUGCUUUGCUGGUGACACUGUCUGUGAUUUAUUUAGAAUUCAAGGCACAAUUAACCAGCAUGGCUACCACAGCAUUCUGCAGCGAUACGCCAUCCCAUCUGGUUUGGGCUUAGUGGGACUAUCAUUUGUUUUUCAACAGGCGGUGUAAGGGCUAUUUUACCAAGAAGGAGAGUGAUGGAGUGCUGCAUCAGAUGCCCUGGCCUCCACAAUCCCCCGACCUCAACCCAAUUGAGAGGGUUUGGGAUGAGUCGGAUGGCAGUGUGAAGGAAAAGCAGCCAACAAGUGCUAAGCAUAUGUGAGAACUCCAGGUGAAGCUGGUUGAGAGAAUGCCAAGAGUGUACAAAGCAAAGGGUGGCUAUUUGAAGAAUCUCAAAUUAUAAAAUACAUUUUGAUUUGUUUAAUGCUUUUUUGGUUACUACAUGAUUCCAUAUGUGUUAUUUCAUUGUUUUGAUGUCUUCACUAUUGUUAUACAAUGUAGAAAAUAGUAAAAAUAAAGAAAAACCCUUGAAUGAGUAGGUGUGUCCAAACUUUUGACUGCUACUGUAUAUUUUUUCUCACCCAUCUACACACAAUACCCCAUAAUGACAAAAUGAAAACAUGUUUUUAGAAUUUUUGCAGUAUUUUUGCAGUAUUCACACCCCUGAGUCAAUACUUUUUGUAGAAGAACCUUUGGUGGCAAUUACAGCUUUGAGGCGUCUUGGGUAUGUCUGUAUCAGCUUUGCACAUCUGGAUUUGGGAAUUUUCUCCCAUUCUUCCUUGCAAUUUUUUUCAAGCUCUUAAGUUAGAUAGAUUGCUGUUCACCGCCGCUCCCUUCAAGUCUUUCUACAUAUUUUCAAUGGGAUUCAAGUCUGGGCUUUGGCUGGGCCACUCAAGGACUUUCACAUUCUUGUUCUGAAGCCAUUCCACCAUUCCUGUUGGAACAUAAAUAUUCUCCCCAGUCUAAGGUCGUUUGCACUCUGAAGCAGGUUCUCAUCAAGGAUUUGCCUGUAUUUGGCUCCAUUCAUUGUUUCCUUUAUCCUUACCAGUCUCCCAGUCCCUGCCGCUGAAAAGCAUCCCCAUAGCAAGAUGCUGCCACCUACCAUGCUUCACGGUUGGGAUAGUGUUAGACGGGUGAUGAGCUGUGCCUGCUUUUCUCCAGACAUAGUGCUUUUUCAUUCAGGCCAGCGAGUUCCAUUUUUGUCUCAUCAGACCACAGAAUCUUAUGCCUUAUGAUUUCAGUCUUUCACGUGCCUUUUUGCAAACUCCAGGCAUGCCGUCAUGUGUCUUCCGUCUGACCACUCUCCCAUAAAGCCCAGAUUGGUGAAGUGCUGAAGAGUCUAUUGUCCUUCUGGCAGGUUCUCCCAGCUCAGCCAAGGAACUCUGUAGUUCUGUCAGUGGUCAUUGUGUUCUUGGUCACCUCCCUGACCAAGGUCCUUCUUGCCCGGUUGCUCAGUUUGAUUGGACAGCCAAGUGGGUAGUUCCAUAUUUUGUCCAUUUCCCAAUGAUGGAGACCACUGUGCUCUUGGAAACGUUCAACACUCUAGAAAUUGUUUUAUGCCCUUCCCCAGAUAUAUGCCUCAUCACAAUUCUAUCUCGGAGAUCUACGGACAGUUCCUUGGACUUCAUGGUAUAGUUUAUGCUCUGACAUGCACUGUCAGCUGUUGGACCUUAUAUAGACAUUGGCCACAGGUGGAAUCCAAUCAAGUUGUAGUGACAGCUCAAGGAUGAUCAAAGGAAAUUGGAUGAACCUGAGCUCAAUUUGGAGUGUCAUAGCAAAGGGGUGUGAAUACUUAUGUAAAUGAGCUUUCUGUAUUUCAUUUUCAAUACAUUUUCAAAAAUGUCUAAAAACAUGUUUUCACUUUGUCAUUAUGGGGUAUUGUGUGUAGAUGGGUGAAAAAAAAAUGAAUUUAGGCUGUAACAACAAAAUGUGGAAUAAAUCAAGGGGUAUGAAUACAGUACUUUUUGAAGGCACUGUAAAGAACUAGGCUAUUGCUUGCCCGUUCCAUAGCAAGCUGCUCUAUCCUCACUGAUGAUUGAAGUAAUUUAAUAUCGAGCUAAAUGUUGUUUUUUUAUUACGAUUUGGAGGUUUAAAAAGGAACAGAAAGGAACUAUAUAAACCGGUACUUUUUGGGGGGUUCGUACCGUUUCAGAACUUUAUUUUGCAGGUCGGAACAGUGGAACGUAACGAAAAAAUAAAAUGGUUCUAUUCAGAACGGGACAAUUGGAAAAUAAUUUUGGUUCCAACCCCUGGUUCUUUGUCCUAUUGUUAAAGGUGCAAUAUGCAGAAAUCGCUCUGCCAUUUCCUCGUUGCUAAAAUUCCAAUAGUUUGCCUAAUUUCAGUUUAUUUCACAAAACAAGCAAGUAUAGUGUAUAGAAUCAUUGUACUAUUUUAACAGCUGUGAAAUAUAUUUUCCAUUACCAAAAAUAUUUUAUUUUCAGCUGUUUGAAAAAACAAUCUUAAGAACGGGAAGCAUAGAAAUAGCGCACAUAGAACAGAUAUGCCGCUUCUUAUACAGUGGGGAGAACAAGUAUUUGAUACACUGCCGAUUUUGCAGGUUUUCCUACUUACAAAGCAUGUAGAGGUCUGUAAUUUUGAUCAUAGGUACACUUCACCUGUGAGAGACAGAAUCUAAAACAAAAAUCCAGAAAAUCACAUUGUAUGAUUUUGAAGUAAUUAAUUUGCAUUUUAUUGCAUGACAGAAGUAUUUGAUCACCUACCAACCAGUAAGAAUUCCGGCUCUCACAGACCUGUAGUUUUUCUUCAAGAAGCCCUCCUGUUCUCCACUCAAUACCUGUAUUAACUGCACCUGUUUGAACUUGUUACCUGUAUAAAAGACACCUGUCCACACACUCAAUCAAACAGACUCCAACCUCUCCACAAUGGCCAAGACCAGAGAGCUGUGUAAGGACAUCAGGGAUAAAAUUGUAGACCUGCACAAGGCUGGGAUGGGCUACAAGACAAUAGGCAAGCAGCUUGGUGAGAAGGCAACAACUGUUGGCGCAAUUAUUAGAAAAUGGAAGAAGUUCAAGAUGACGGUCAAUCACCUUCGGUCUGGGGCUCCAUGCAAGAUCUCACCUCAUGGGGCAUCAAUGAUCAUGAGGAAAGUGAGGGAUCAGCCCAGAACUACACGGCAGGACCUGGUCAAUGACCUGAAGAGAGCUGGGACCACAGUCUCAAAGAAAACCAUUAGUAACACACCACGCCGUCAUGGAUUAAAAUCCUGCAGCGCACGCAAGGUCCCCCUGCUCAAGCCAGCGCAUGUCCAGGCCCGUCUGAAGUUUGCCAAUGACCAUCUGGAUGAUCCAGAGGAGGAAUGGGAGAAAGUAAUGUGGUCUGAUGAGACAAAAAUAGAGCUUUUUGGUCUAAACUCCACUCGCCGUGUUUGGAGGAAGAAGAAGGAUGAGUACAACCCCAAGAACACCAUCCCAACCGUGAAGCAUGGAGGUGGAAACAUCAUUCUUUGGGGAUGCUUUUUUGCAAAGGGGACAGGACGACUGCACCGUAUUGAGGGGAGGAUGGAUGGGGCCAUGUAUCGCGAGAUCUUGGCCAACAACCUCCUUCCCUCAAUAAGAGCAUUGAAGAUGGGUCGUGGCUGGGUCUUCCAGCAUGACAACGACCCGAAACAAACAGCCAGGGCAACUAAGGAGGGGCUCCGUAAGAAGCAUCUCAAGGUCCUGGAGUGGCCUAGCCAGUCUCCAGACCUGAACCCAAUAGACAAUCUUUGGAGGGAGCUGAAAGUCCGUAUUGCCCAGUGACAGCCCCGAAACCUGAAGGAUCUGGAGAAGGUCUGUAUGGAGGAGUGGGCCAAAAUCCCUGCUGCAGUGUGUGCAAACCUGGUCAAGACCUACAGAAAACGUAUGAUCUCUGUAAUUGCAAAGGUUUUUGUACCAAAUAUUAAGUUCUGCUUUUCUGAUGUAUCAAAUACUUAUGUCAUGCAAUAAAAUGCAAAUGAAUUACUUAAAAAUCAUACAAUGUGAUUUUCUGGAUUUUUGUUUUAGAUUCCGUCUCUCACAGUUUAAGUGUACCUAUGAUAAAAGUUACAGACCUCUACAUGCUUUGUAAGUAGGAAAACCUGCAAAAUCGGCAGUGUAUCAAAUACUUGUUCUCCCCACUGUACUUGCUUUCAAUGAGAAUGACAUAUCUAUAACUCACAUUUCUAUGUGAAUUUGAGGGUCGCCCAAAAAGUUACAUAUUGCAGCUUGUAUCUCAUUUUAAAAUGUUUUUUUAUUUAUUACUGUCACCCCUUAAAUGUGUGAUUAUAGCUGAUCUAGUGAUCAUUCAGCACAAGCUGUAAAACGUUGGACUUUUCAGGGUGGGCCUAUACUUUACAGCAAUGCAUGCCUAGAACACUUUAAAUAUAUCCUAUUGUUAAUAGAACCAGCUUUAAUAGAACCUCUAUUAGCACAUUUAAGUGUAUGCGUAUUAAGAUGUGCUUAUUAUUUAUUUGUAAUGACUUGUAAGUCAAAAUGUUUUCUUUUUUUCCAGAAUUACUCAGGAGAGUUGAAUUACCUUGUUGCCCUACACGAGUUGUACAAGUACAUCAACAAGUACUAUGACCAGGUGAGUUUUCAUUAUCGCUUGUGUGGUUGGAUGGAAUGACACAUCAGAGCUGAGUCUUUGGUUUACCUUCAAUCUCUUUGUCUCUCACUCCACCCCCUCUCUUUCUCUCCAUCUCUCUCUUUCUCACUCCAUCCCAUCCUGCUCUCCCUCCAUCUCCCUGUCUCUCUAUCUCCAUCCCUCCUCCUCUCUCCAUCCCUCCUCCUCUCUCCAUCCCUCCUCUCUCCAUCCCUCCUCCUCUCUCCAUCCCUCCUCCUCUCUCCAUCCCUCCUCCUCUCUCCAUCCCUCCUUCUCUCUCCAUCCCUUCCUCGCUCUCUCUCAGAUCAUCGGGGCGCUAGAAGAGGACAGCACGGCCCAGAAGAUGCAGCUGGGCUACCGGCUCCAGCAGAUCGCUGCAGCCGUGGAGAACAAAGUCACUGACUUGUGA